AUGAAGUUGAGGCAAGAAGACAAAGCUAAGAAAAAAGACAGUUUGUCAUCUUAUUUUAAAAAGCUUGAAAUAUUGAAUAGUGGACAUUCAUCAAAAAGUAUGGGCGAGGAAACAUCUGACUUAUCUGAUCACUUGCUGAGUUGUGGGAAUACCACAACAACUGCAAAAGUUGAACAAGUGGACUCUAAAUUGACAAUGGAAUUACAAAAUAUUGGUAAUUUUGUUGAAACUUCCAAAGUUCAUAUCAGUGCUUUGUGUAAGUUUGUUCAAAGGUGUAAGUUAUCUGGAAGAAUUGAUUCUGUGUUAUCGGCUCAGUUUGAAAAGAAGCGUUCUUAUUAGGAAGUGCUGAGAUGUGUUGUUGCCAUGGUCAAAAUGCUGUCUUCUUUGGGACUACCUUUAAGAGGACAUGAUGAGUCAUCAUUGUCAAAUAGAAAAGGUAAUUUUUUAACCGGCCUUGACUAUCUUAGUGAAUUUGAUGAUUUUCUCAAAGAACAUUUGAAAAAUUAUCAGUAUUGUGGCUCAGGGAAGACCAACUUUUUAACACACCAAACCUAUAAUGAAUUAAUCACUAUAAUGGCAGAGCAGUUCAGAAACCAAUUCACUGAUGAAGUAAAGGGUGCCAAGUACUAUUCCAUAAUAGUCGAUUCAAAACCAGAUGUGAGUCAUGUAGACCAAUUAACAUUAAUUUUAAGAUAUGUGACCAGCAGUGGUGAAGUUGUAGAGCGAUUUCUUUGUUUUUUCCCACUAAAAUCCCACACUUCUGAAUGUCUAGAGACAACUGUUUUGGAAAUCAUUGCACAUUUAGGUUUGGGCAUCAAAAAUUGUCAUGGGCAGAGCUUUAAUAAUGCCGCAAAUAUGGCAGUAAAAUAUUCAGGUCUACAGGCAAGACUGAACAAUACAAGCCUCUCUGCUUUAUUCAUACCAUGUUCCAGCCAUUCCUUAAAUUUAAUCAGCAAUGCUACAGCCAAAUCUUGUGAGGGAGCUACGCAUUUUUUUGACAUCAUUCAAAACAUGGAUGCCUUUUUUUCAGUUUCCAUGUGUUGGUGGAGUAUGCUACAAUCAUGCCUGGAGCAGGCAAAUGAAAAACAUUUGACAGUGAAAAGAAUUUGUGACACCAAGUGGUCUGCUCAUGCAGAUGCUGUUUUGGCUUUCAAAAUGAGCUAUUAUGAUGUAAAGAAAACCUUAUUAGACAUAGCUACAUCAAAUUCUAAAAAAACUGCAUGCAAAAACUGA